AUGAAGUUCUUUAUUUGGCGAGCGUCGAGAGGAGCUUUGGCUACUCGACACAACCUUCAUGCCCGACGCUGCUUCCCAUCCUCGACAUGCCCGGUGUGUGACGGAACGACGGAGACUAUCCACCACUGCCUUUUCCUCUACCCACACGCGACGAACAGAUGGAGUCUUCUUUUCCCGGAGCUCGCUACCCCUCCUCCUCUCACCAAUGUGCUGGACUGGCUCUUCUCCCUGUCGAGCACCGUGGCGAUCGAGCUUGUUCAGAAUUGCAUUUACCUGCUGUGGCAAACAUGGAAGUCGAGGAAUGAAAAGGUGUUUAAGGAUAAACCCCCGGGGCCUUUCGCAACGACUUCACGCGCAAUGGAGGAGGCUCAGCGAUGGAGAUCCUGCCCCAAGAAAAGAACUUCCUCGUCUCAACCUCAGCCUGUCUCACCCUCUGAGCCAGCUUUACCACCGCCAAGUACCCAUUCUUUUGAAGUACACUGUGAUGGAUCGUUUCUUCACGAUUCCCAGGAGGCGGCAUAUGGCGUCGUUAUUAUGAAUGACCAUGGUCAAGUUGUUGAUGGGAAGGCUGAGCCCCUGCACUGCUUCUCUCCUAUUGAGGCGGAAGCGAAAGCUCUUCUAGAAGGGACCUUGGCUGCUGUGGAGCUUAAUGCCCCAUGCCGGGUGCGAUCGGACUGCCUGGUUUUGGUGAAGGCUCUCCAAGGACUGCCGAGGCUCUGGCCAUGGCGGGCCGCAGCCAGUCUGGGAAGAAUCCUGAAUCUUACCAGUGUCUGCCCCAACAUCAGAAUUGAAUGGAUUAAUAGGAAGCGAAACUCUAAAGCAGACUGGGUGGCCAGAUCCUGCGCACGGAACCAGCUACCCUCGGAAUGGAUUCAUAUUCUUGAUGUUGUGUUUCCCCUUCUGUAA